AGGAUGUGGGCAGGCUCAAGGUGGAGCUGUUUGCCGACGUCGUUCCCAAGACGGCCGAGAAUUUCCGGCAAUUCUGCACGGGCGAAUUCCGGAGAGACGGAGUGCCAAUUGGUUACAAAGGGUCCACAUUCCACAGAGUCAUCAAAGACUUCAUGAUUCAGGGAGGAGAUUUUGUGAAUGGAGACGGCACCGGCCUGACGAGUAUUUACCGCGGUCCCUUCGUGGAUGAGAAUUUCAAAGUGAAACAUUCCACACCUGGGCUGUUGUCAAUGGCUAACAGCGGGCCAAACACCAAUGGUUGCCAGUUCUUCGUGACGUGUGCCAAGUGUGACUUCCUGGACGGCAAGCAUGUUGUGUUUGGCAAGGUCGUGGAUGGCCUUCUUAUAAUGCGUAAGAUUGAGAACGUUCCCACUGGACCCAACAACCGCCCAAAGCUUCCUGUGGUCGUGGCGCAGUGCGGAGAGAUGUGAAGACUUCAGCACACAGCACACACACAUAGCAUACACACAUAGCAUACACACACAGUAUACACACAGCACACACAGUAUACACACAG